UAUAGUUUACGUAUGUAUAACGAAUCGCAGCUCACAGUUCGCAAUUGACAGAUCUCAUCUUCCUAAUUCAUCACAAUCAUCAGAGAGCGUUAACCUAAAAAAUAAAAAUCUUUCUUUUUACCAUAUUAAUUUUUUUGAAGUAGAAAGAGCAAUGGACGAGCCAACGAUACCGUCCAACGAACAAAUUAUUGAUGACUUAACGAAGGAACUUCGAAAUUCGUGUGGUACGACUCAAUCGAAUAGUACAUCAACACGCGCGGAGUACGGUUCGGACGACGACAAAGACAGUGCCGACGAAAACCUGACUUCGUUGCCUACAGGAAUGGAAGAAGAUGAUAAAUCCGACUUUCUUCAAAGUGAAGGACCUUGUUUGGAUUUCAUCGAUGAGGAGGCUUUAAAAGAUCGAGAAGUUACUUUAACCGAAGAUGAAAAACGAAAACUUCGUGACGAAGCAGAUGUACUGAAAAACGAGGGCAACACAUUUUUCAAAGCCGGAGAGUACACCAAAGCUCAUACCUCUUACACAGAAGGAUUGCAAAUAUGUCCGUUAGCAUAUGCCGAAGAGAGGGCAAUCUUAUAUGCGAACCGAGCUGCAGCCAAAAUGAAACACAUGGUUCAGAAAGAUCAAAUAUUAACAAUGUUCAAAGAUGAAAACUUAAACAUGCAAAAUGUGAGUAAGAAUUCGAAUUUCGUGUUUUUCAAUAAAAUUUUCAAUCAGGAGGAUAAGGAGCCCGCCAUAGCCGAUUGCACAAAAGCCAUAGAAUUGAAUCCAAAGUAUCUGAAAGCAUACCUGAGAAGAGCACAAUUGCACGAAGAAACGAAUAAACUGGACAACGCGUUAGAAGAUUUUAAAAAGAUUCUUGAGCUCGAUCCGUCUCACUCAGAAGCAAACCACGCUGUGCGGAGAUUGCCACCACUGAUAGAGGAAGCGAACGAGAAACUGAAAGCUGAAAUGUUAGGAAAACUGAAAGAUCUCGGAAAUUUGGUCCUCAAGCCAUUCGGAUUGUCCACUAACAAUUUCGAGCUUCAGCAGGAUCCCAACAGUGGUGGAUAUAGCGUUAAAUUUAAUCAGAAUCCUAGUUAAUUAAGCAGUUAUUAAUAACCGAGAAAGAUCAAGCAAAAGCAUCGAUUGAUACACGUUAUAUUUAUAAAAAAGUAAUAAAUAAGUCAGCAUUGUAUGAUAAGACAUUCCCGAGUAUAAAGAGAGUCAAUAAUCCAAUCUA